CUGUCAACAGCAGCGCGCGUCCCUUUGGCUCUAUGACGCCGUCAAGCAAGCCGUGCUCGCGAGCUGCCGAGCUGUAAACCCGCUGUCAAACAGUGCGGACAAGAGAUCCCCACAGAUCCGAACAGCUGCAGCUCCCUGUCACAUAAGAUGUGCUGGAGACUCAAAGCCGAAACGUUAUACGGGAGAUCAUUCCGCCCGGCUGUAUGAGAGCAGAACCGCCGCGAAACGCGUAGAGGAUUUGUGCCUGUUUCUGCGCGCGCUGCGCACGUGGAAAUGUUACGAUGGCAUGCACGAGGAGAACCAAAAGUUUGGUGUCCACGUGCGUGAUUUUAAGCGGCAUGACCAAUAUUUUGUGUCUGCUCUACGUCGGAUGGAUCACCAAUUAUGUGUCUAAUAACGGCAACGUCAAAGUUGCAGGGAAGACGCACGAGAAAAAGUUUGAUGACAACAGAGGAGAAACGCUUAGGAUUAUAGAGAGACUGGACAGGCUUGAGAGUGUUGUUAACCAGCACAUCCAAGAGAAACCACUGAAAGAUGGGGAUGACACAGCUGACCAGUCCCUCUCAGACUCUCUUUUUGCACACUGGGGUCAUGACCUCGGCCCAGAGAGCCGCAAGGUGGCCCUGAAGAAGUUCCAGUACUACGGUUACAACGGCUACCUCAGCGACAGACUCUCUCUAGACAGAGCCAUCCCAGACCUCAGGCCCGACGGGUGCAGAAACAUCUCGUACCCCUCCAAUCUACCACAAGUCAGCAUCAUCUUCAUCUUUGUGAAUGAGGCGCUGUCGGUCAUCCUGCGUUCCGUUCAUUCGGUGAUCCACUGGACGCCCUCCCACUUGCUCAAGGAGAUUAUACUCGUGGAUGACAACAGCAACAACGCUGAACUGUCGGAAAACCUGCAGAGGUUUGUGGACGAGACCAACCAGCAGCGUCCUGACUUCAUUAAAGUGGUUCGGCAUGAUAGGCAGGAGGGUUUGAUUCGCUCUCGGGUCAGCGGCUGGAGAGCUGCGACCGCUCCUGUCGUGGCCCUGUUUGAUGCCCAUGUGGAGUUCAGCGUUGGAUGGGCUGAACCAAUCCUGCACAGAAUCAAAGAGGACAGAACCCGGGUCGUCUCGCCAUCAUUCGACAACAUCAAAUACGACACAUUUGAGAUCGAGGAGUAUCCCCUCUCAGCUCAAGGGUUCGACUGGGAACUUUGGUGCCGCUAUCUAAACCCUCCCAAAUCCUGGUGGACACAGAAGAAUCAAACUGCUCCAAUCAGGAGCCCCGCUCUGAUCGGUUGCUUUGUAGUGGAUCGGGAGUAUUUUGAGGAGAUCGGUCUGCUGGAUGAAGGCAUGGAAGUUUAUGGAGGGGAAAACGUGGAGCUAGGGAUCAGGGUAUGGCUGUGCGGUGGAAGCGUGGAGGUCAUGCCCUGUUCCAGAAUAGCUCAUAUUGAGCGCGCACACAAGCCCUACACAGAGGACCUGGCAAAUCACGUCCGCAGGAACGCUCUGAGAGUGGCCGAGGUGUGGAUGGACGAGUUCAAGAGCCACGUUUAUAUGGCCUGGAACGUUCCACAACAGGACUCAGGGAUCAAUAUUGGUGAUAUCAGAGAAAGAAAAGCUCUCAGAGAGAGACUCCGCUGCAAACCCUUCAGCUGGUUCCUGAAGAAUAUUUAUUCUGAGAUGAGAACCUACACAGAGACCAUCGCUUAUGGUGUACUGAGGAACAGCCUGAGGCCGGAUCUGUGUGUGGAUCAAGGUCCCGACUUUGACAACAUUCCCAUCCUGUACAUCUGCCAUGGCCUGACGCCUCAGAAUGUGUACUACACAAGCUCUCAGCAGUUGCAUAUCGGAGGCUUGAGUCCAACCAUCGACGACGACGACAACAAGUGCCUGGUGGACGUGAACAGCCGGCCGCGACUGCUGGAAUGCAGCUACGCCAGCAGUAAACACAUGAAACUCUCCUGGCUCUUUACUCAGGGAGGCUCCAUUGAGAAUAGGAAGUCAAAACGUUGUUUGGAAUUGGUGGAAAUUGCGGAAGUGGAUCAUGGAUAUCAGCUCGCCCUUCAACAGUGCAGCAGUCAAAAAUGGACAAUUACCAACAUAUUGCCUGGGAAAGUUCUUUAGGCAUGUUUAUCUUAUGGGACGUAUCACUGGAUGUGUGUGGACUGAGAUACAGUGUCCCUUACACACAUUGUUGUGUCAUCUGCUGGAGGGAAGGGUGCUGUUCUCUUGUUAUUUAACACUGUAAACAUCUUCAUGUCUUGUGUCGGACCUCAAAGAACACAUGGAACAAGUGUCAAACAUUUAAUUUUGUCAAAAUAGAUGGCUGGUUUGGAGACAC